GGCACCCUAUCCAGACGCGGCACAACUUGAACACCAAUCAGUCCCCCUCAGUCAUAGUCGAUCCGGAAAGGCCCUAUCAACGCGAAAAAAACAGCUAGAGACGAUGCCCGCCAAGACGGACCCGUUCUAUGUGCGAUACUACAGUGGUCAUAUGGGCCGAUACGGACACGAGUUCCUAGAAUUCGAAUUCAGCGAGGGCAGGUUGAGAUACGCCAAUAACUCAAAUUAUCGAAACGAUAGUUUGAUCAGGAAAGAAAUGUGGCUUUCACCUUUGACGAUCUCGGAACUCAAACGAAUCGUUGCAGAGAGUGAAAUCAUCAAGGAAGAUGACCAUAACUGGCCGAAGAAAAACGUGGUCGGAAAGCAGGAGCUAGAAGUGCGGUUAUCAGACACCCAUAUCUCUUUCGAAACUGCCAAAAUCGGAUCGUUGGUCGACGUUCAAGGAUCUGACGAUCCAGAAGGCCUGCGCGUGUUUUACUACCUUAUCCAAGACCUUCGGAUCUUUGUAUUCUCGCUCAUCUCUGCUCAUUUUAAGAUCAAACCCACCCAUUAAACAAAUUGUAUUGAGAAAUGGGAAUCAAUACCAAACAAAAAACAAAACAAGACGUGAAAACCGAGUGCAACCACGCUUGUGGAGGCCUUUUGAUGUAGUUUUUGGUCAGGCAGAUCAAGCAUGAAACAUGUGUGUAUUUGAAUUGAACAUGCAAUCUAGCAGGAAAAGGAAGGGGGUAAAGAUGAGGAGAAAAGAGUCCACAAUCCAAAUAUAAACUCCAAGCUCCUAAAAUGCCACAACAGUUGCUGAUGAGUUGGUCCUUUUCCUUAGGAAACAAAAACACACCUGAACUUUAAUUAGUCUAAUAUUGAUGCCAGAUAUUCUU